AUGGAGUCUACUACGGAGCCUACCACAGAGCCUACCACAGAGCCCACCAUGGAUCCUAAUGAUAGCCCUCUCAGCAACCUCGAUUUGUGGUGCGACUGGAGUGGUAGCCCAAAAGAUCCAGUGUCUAUCACAAUCGCCAUAGAGCUACAGGCCCGUGAUCAUCCUAACCUCCAUUUACCAAUCCUCAAUGUACAGUCGCCAAACAUCGUCAAAAGCCCGUCUUGGGUCAUCCGGUUGAAGCCUGAGCUCGCCCACUAUGAUGACACUCCGCCUGAAAAAGAAGCUUGGCUUGGCCAGGAAUAUGGUGGUGCCGCGAGAUAUCCCGUCAAUAAUCCCUCUGUCUCUGACUCUGGGAGUGUCGUUAUGCAUGACGGUUCGCGGGAUAACGACCCUGUCUCUCGCCGUACUAUGGAUAUCUCGGCCCAUGUCGAUGUCUCGGAUAGCUCAACCUCUUCUAACCCUCGCAAGAGCCAGAGCCGGGUCAAAAGCCUUGGUAGCCUAAACUCCCCCAACCCUCGUAAGAGAUCCGCUAAGGCUGCUUCACUACCUGAUUCAAUCCCUCCUGACGAUGACUACCAAGGCACCCGACACAAACCCUUGAUGACCAACAUCGACCUGCCGGGACUGGAAUCUGGGCCCCUGGACACCAGCACCACCACCGGAAUCGUCAGCUUUAGCCCCUACCCCUACCCCAUUCGCACACCUUCUGCCAGUCUGGACGAAACUAGCGUGACCAAUGAGAACAUUCCGCCCCAAGCCUUAGCUUCGACUCUUGUGUCAGAUUCCCUGGUUACAUCUGGGCAUCUUUCGCUAAACAGCAAGGGAGCGACAAUUGACGUUGAAGAUGUACCCGAUGAAGUCACUCUUUGCCAAAAUGGAGAAACCCCCAGCAAGAUUGACUUGGCCGACACCGAACCGCUCACCGAAGCAAACUUGCGAGUGCGGAAUUAUGAUACACUUUCUACUCGUGUGUGCAAUGGAAGCCUUUCUGACACCGCAGAUAGUGACAAAGAAAAGGAGGAUCUGCUACUUUCCCAUGAAUCCCUUGAAUCACCAUCGUUCUUUUCGGGCUGUGAUGAACCCCCUCUCCCCUGGACGUCUGCGGAAAUCGCCAACAAUCCCGAGCUGGUCUUGGAACAUGACAUUCUUUACCUACAGACCCCUCCCAUUGUCUACAACGCAUUAUACCAAAUCGCAAUCUCGCUCAAAGUCAGACUGCAGAAAGGAAAAUCGAGGGAUUGGUGGGAGUUAGUUGUGAGUGGGCUGCCUCGACUCGCCCAAUUCGAGUCUUGUUAUCUCUACUUCCGAACACCCCCAGGCCAGGGAAUGGAAUUCAUGACUUCGUCUUUCAAACGAUAUACGCUCGUGGAAAGCUGCUUGAUGGCCCAAUUUAACGGUGGAAAAAGCCUCGUGGUUCCGUUCCGUAAGUGCAAUGCACAAUUCUACGGACCACUGAAGGACCACAAAGUCAACACAGUCAUACAAGCCGAGGUGGAAGAAGCCAAUCCGUUGUCCUAUAUGAUCAAAUACAAUGCUGUCUGCUCCAUUGAUCUCAUCAAUCACAACUUCUGGGCCGAGAAGUGUCAAUUCGACCUUGUUGUGCAUGGCGGCCCGGAGGGCGAGUUCGAGGCCAAUUUUGAAGCCCAGAAACCUCUGAUAAACACCAUUCGACUGCAACCGGCACUAGCACCAGAUGUGGAUGGAAUUGGACUCUCGCGCAUCAAUAUCAUCAGCACACCCCAAGCUCUGGACAUGUUCACGGUGUCAUGGGAAGUCAAACUGCCACGAGGAAAGGCUUACACCUGGUUGCCAUGGAUUAAGACCAGGUACUGUGAUGUUGAAGCCAUUCUCCUAGAAGAUUACGCCAAUUCUGGACCCAAGCAUGACAUUCACGAGCCUGGGGUGUUUAAUCCAUUUUCCGAGGAUCCAGCUUCAUAUCCCCAACGCAAAGCUCUUCUCGAGCCUAAACUGACUGGGCCUCUGUUUAAGUCUGAAAGUACACAGACCUUCGUUGAGGAGAUUCCAGCUCCCAAGUCCACAAAGACCGAGACUCUAGUCGCUGAGCCAGCGCAAAAGAAGCCACGCCGUGCUGUACAUGGACUGUGGACUCUGAUCAAGUUCUCCUUCCACCUCUUUGCUUUCUUGGCGUCUGUCCACACCCUCUACUGGUCAUACUUGCUGCACAAUUGCGGGUUCCGUUUCGAACCCUCUGCUUUCCUCACUUCGUGCCCCCAAAAGGAAGUCUACAUUGGCUAUGCAGAGAAUUGUACCAAUACUGAUUUGGAGAAAGAGGCGAACACGCUCCUGGAGGAGUUUGAUCUUCAGCCUGAGCUGAUUCGAUCUGAAGUUCAGCAGUCUAUCAACACCACACCUGCCGAAAUCACCCCAGUGCCCCUGAGAGACCGCUUCGAUUACCUUCUCGGAUGGCGAGGACCAAUUGCGCGGGAGUGA